AUCCUUAUAAAAGUAUAUAAAUAAAGGAUUUAAACUAAGAAUAAAUAAAUUUCAGUCCAUUCUCUAUCUAAAUACAUGUUAUUAAUUGGUAGAGUUCAAAUGAGAUUUUUCUGUAGAGUGAAAUAUUUCGCUCUUUGGGGAUUAAUUAGCCAGACUCCUUGUUUCCUUUCCAUGGUGCGGGGUCUGAUCAGUCCCGCUGGGCAUUAGGCAGAGUGAGUGAUGAAGAUUUCCCAGGUUUCCCCUCCCUUUCUGUGGCUUCCGUCUCUUGCACACACAGUAACUGUUGGUUAUUAACCACUUAUGUAGCUGGCGCUGUGCUAAGCCUGUCUUCUCCAUUUUUAUUUAAUCCUCGCGCUAACCCUGUGAGGUGGCAUGGAUGAAGAACUGAGGCUCAGAAGUUACACGGCUUGUCAGGAUCUCGCAGCAAAGCCAUAGUUCCUCUGACGCUCUUGCCCAGGCUCCUGCAUGCUCACUGCACUGUUGCAUCCUGGGCCUGCCUCUCUCCCCUGCCUGGCAGGAGCUCUUUCAGGGUGGGAUUUAGGUGCCAGGCACAUUAAGGACCUGCUAUACAUUGUUUACUGGACAUGGCUGGAAGGUUUUGGAGGAAAAGAGGUUGAAAAGAACUGAAGCAGAGUCUUCUGUCCUGAUUCCAGGGGGCACAGCAUGUGUACUGACUGGGCAGCCCUUCGACACAAUGAAAGUAAAGAUGCAGACGUUCCCUGAGCUGUACCGAGGCCUUACCGACUGCUGCCUGAAGACUUACUCCCAGGUGGGCUUCCGCGGCUUCUACAAGGGGACCAGCCCAGCACUCAUCGCCAACAUUGCUGAGAACUCCGUCCUCUUCAUGUGCUACGGCUUCUGCCAGCAGGUGGUACGGAAAGUGGCUGGAUUGGACAAGCAGGCAAAGCUGAGUGAUCUGCAGAACGCAGCUGCUGGUUCCUUUGCCUCUGCCUUUGCUGCACUGGUGCUCUGCCCCACAGAGCUCGUGAAGUGCCGGCUGCAGACCAUGUACGAGAUGGAGACAUCAGGAAAGAUAGCCAAAAGCCAGAAUACCGUGUGGUCUGUCAUCAAGAGUAUCCUUAGGAAGGAUGGCCCCUUGGGCUUCUACCAUGGACUCUCAAGCACUUUACUUCGAGAAGUACCGGGCUAUUUCUUCUUCUUCGGUGGCUAUGAACUGAGCCGGUCAUUUUUUGCAUCAGGGAGAUCAAAAGAUGAACUAGGCCCUGUGCCUUUGAUGUUAAGUGGUGGAGUUGGUGGGAUUUGCCUCUGGCUUGCGGUAUACCCAGUGGAUUGUAUCAAAUCCAGAAUUCAAGUUCUUUCCAUGUCUGGAAAACAGGCAGGAUUUAUUGGAACCUUUAUAAAUGUUGUGAAGAACGAAGGAAUAAUGGCCUUAUAUUCCGGACUAAAGCCUACUAUGAUUCGAGCAUUCCCUGCUAAUGGAGCACUCUUUUUGGCCUACGAAUAUAGCAGGAAGUUGAUGAUGAGCCAGUUGGAAGCAUACUGAAGUGUCCUGGUGGGGCUGAGCCAAGCACAGGUGUCCGAGGACUACAGUUCAUCUCAGGGUUUCCUGGAGUACAAGAUGAGCAUGAAGUUAUUCUGAUUUCUUGAGAAUUUUGCUUUUUGUCUUCCCUUCUACCCUACAUCUUAAACUUUACGGAAGAACCUCUAUUUUGCAUCAUACCGUUUCUGCCAAAAAUUGUACUGAAAUAGAAAAGUCACUGCUCUUGCCCUUGGUAAAACAUAGAGUGGUCAGUAACCUUAUACACCUAAUUCAAAAGGCCGAAUAUAGUUCUGUCAGGGCUUUUACGUAAACCUCUACUUGUAUAUGCAAUUUGGACAGUUAUGUGUUGAGGGAAAUACAGUUUGGUUCCAUGUUUAUUAUUUCAAAUAUUAUCAGAAAAACCCAGAGGUGAUAUUUCUCAUGAAGAUGCUUAUAAAUGGUUGUUUAACCCAUUCUA